GGAUCAUCAGCAGGGUUUGAACUGAGAAACUUCAGCACCAAACCAGAGAUCUUGGCCAUUUGAUCCUAAGAAGUAACUCCCAUCAGCUGGGAGCAGUAGCAGGCAGUUAUCCUCUGUGGAUCAGCUACCAAGGGGAAGGAAUGUGAAACACACUGAACAAUGGUGGGAGUCCCAAGCAUGAAGCCACUGCAGGAUUGGACCCAGAGAAAGUCAGACUUCUCAGUUGGGCAAAUACAAGACCACUCCUGUAAGUCUUUGGGAAGCAUAUUGGCUUGAAGUAGGAUUUCUGUUUAGAGGUUACAUUAUGCUCCAGUGUCUCAGGAGUCUGUCGUGUUGCUGAAAACCUGUCCUGCACAGGACCCCAGUGGAGAACUGCUUGGAACCAGGCCCCUCCAUGUUGGCACAGCAAUUCCUGCUCUUCUGCUGAGGCAUCCUGGAUGUCUCCUCUUUUUGUGCUGGAUACCUGGGCAAUAGCGUUAAAGGACGGCUAUGUAGUUUCUUGACCACAAAGCUGGCAGGCGGUGCCCACUACUCCCACCUCUUCCUCACCUAGGAUUUAUAGUCUCUCUCUUUUUUUUUUUUAAUUUCUAAAGUAGGUUUUAAAAGAUUAAACAUUUUUCAAAAACAGUUCUCAAAAAUGACAAGCCUGUUCCGGCGGAGCAGCAGCAAUGGCAGCUCGAGGAACAGCUCUUCCGCCCAGGAACUCAACAACAGCCGGCCCACCAGGCAGGUGCGACGGCUGGAAUUCAACCAGGCCAUGGAGGAUUUCAAGACUAUGUUCCCCAAUAUGGAUUAUGACAUUAUUGAAUGUGUUUUGAGGGCUAACAAUGGAGCUGUGGAUGCCACCAUUGACCAGCUCUUACAGAUGAAUUUAGACGGCAGCGGUUAUGAUGACAGCUCGGACUCAGAUGACAGUAUUUCCCCAGAGAUUUUGGAGCGGACACUGGAACCUGACAGUUCGGAUGAAGAACCUCCUCCUGUCUACUCGCCCCCUGCCUAUGAUAUGCAUGUCUUUGACCGGCAGUAUCCACAAGCUCCACUGAGCCCUUCUCCCAGGAUUGAUGUACCCAAUUCCACUGGCCCUAAGGUGCACAGACGGUACAGGAACUGGAAUCCACCAUUGCUAGGCAACCUUCCUGAUGAUUUCCUUCGCAUCCUACCCCAGCAGAUGAACAGUGUGCAGAGUUCACAAAGUUGCCAUCAGACUGUGCCGGGCGAGGGCAGCCAGAGAUCCCAGGGCUCGUUGGACCAAGAGAGGAAGUGGAAACAGUACCUGGAAGAUGAGCGAAUUGCGCUCUUCUUACAGAAUGAAGAGUUCAUGAAGGAGCUCCAGAGGAACCGGGAUUUUCUCCUGGCCCUUGAGAGAGAUCGACUGAAGUAUGAGUCAAAAAAAUCCAAGUCGACCAGUGUUGCCGUCAGUAAUGAUUUCAGCUUUUCUUCUAUACAACCAGGUGACAUAGCCCCUGUAACCAGCGAGGCCAGCAGUGCUGUAUCUGAAGAUGCCUUAUUCAGGGACAAAUUGAAACACAUGGGAAAAUCUACACGCAAGAAGCUGUUUGAACUUGCCAGGGCUUUCUCAGAGAAGACCAAGAUGAAGAAGUCAAAAAGAAAACACUUACUGAAGCACCAGGUGAUGGGGACAGCAGCUUCCACAGCUAAUCUUCUCGAUGAUGUUGAAGGACACUCAUGCGAUGAGGAUUUCCAAGCAAGAAGGCAGCAGCUACACGAGGAAGAGGAGAGGCCAAAAGAUGGACAAUAAAUGAUCCCAGAUCCAUUGCCUGAACUGGGCUUUAUUUGUUAAAGUCUUAAUAAGAAGAUGGCUGCAAAGAAAAAAAAACAAUUUCCUUGGCUCUCCCUACUAUCAUCCUCUUCUGAAGUACAAGUAUUAAAGUGAGGCACACAUUUUUCUUCCCAGCGGGUUUGAAGACACCUCUUUCCUAUCCAGCAAAUGCAACCAAAACUCAGCAGCUGAUCUGAAUUUUUCUCAGUCACUGCGGUGAAGAUAACGGAUUUCAAGCUUAUGGGAAUAAUGGUCUAUCCCCCACCCUCUUUGAUAUAAACAUGGUUUGGAUAUGAAUUAAAAACAAUAAUAACAAUAAUACAUUGAACAGCUGGGCUCUGGCUUGCCCAUUUUUAAACAUAUCACUGUAGCAAUCUGUGUAACUUUACGCACAUAAAAAAAGACCUGAAAAAUGUUGUUUAUUAUUGUUGUUACUAAGAGUUAAUAAGUCAGGAUCCAGAUCAGGUAAUAGGCAGGAUAACAUAAAUUGUCUUUUUAAAAAGAAAAGGCCUUCUCCUGGGCAUCUCACAUUGAAUUAAACCUUUGCCUCAGGCAUUGAUAAAAAUGCCUUGAACUAGACACCAAGCUGGGGCCAGUUUCUCCUCCAAUGUACCACUUUUUCUAGCUUUGUGCUGCUGCUCUUGUGAUAUUAUGGUACCUUUACAGAGCAGGAAUAGGGGGUGGGGGAGGGCUGAAUUUCAAAGCUGUUUUGUUCUCACUGCUGAUCUCUGAAUUAGCACAUAUCCCACGGGUUCUCAUUUGGAUUGUUCAUGACAGUUGGCUGCUCACUAUGUAGCAGGCAAUGAGUUUUGGCGGUCUGGAAACACUUACCAGAUUAGAUGGGAGGGGAUUGUAGAUGGGGGCCUUAUUUGAUUCACCUCUGAGUUUGUACAUCAUAGGCUAAAUCCUGCUUAUUGUGAGUCUCACAGUUGACUUCAGUGGGAUCAGAAUUGGGCCUCAGGUUGAGACAUGAGUGGGUUUUCUCUAGCUGAGCUCUCAUGGUCUAUGGGGACAGACCUGAGAGCAGUUCUUAUAACAUGAAAUGAAGAGGAGAUUGGUUCAGAGCUCGCCAAUCAGUGUGAGGAUGACAUUCCUCCUCCAGGAGAGAGCUUGGAAUCUGGUGGCACAGUGGAACAUUGUGGGGAUUAAAAGUAAUGCUCAAAUCAUAGAAAUUGAAUUGG